CAAGUUUAUGCUGUCGAUCGGUCGAUUGUUGUUGUUAUUUUUUAAUGAUAAUAUAAUACUGAGAGGUCUUGCUAAUAAAUAGUUUAUAUUCUUUAUAAAUAAAAGCCGGUUAGAUAUUUAAGAUAAAAGAUUAGGUCAAUAGGAGUAAAUGUUAUUCAAUCGGUUUAUACGAACUGCUUUUUUGUUAAGAGUAGCAAAUACUUGGAGUUUUAGCGAAAUGUCUUGCGCUGGAAAUCAAUGCAAUAUCAAACGAGAUAUAACAUAUCUAAGCCAAGAAAAUGCAGCAGCUUUAGAUCAGGACUUAUUUAAUGAAUACAAAUUUAGUGUAGAUCAGUUAAUGGAAUUAGCGGGUUUAAGUGUGGCUACUGCAGUUGCUAAAGUAUUCCCGACAACAUCGCAUAAUUCAGCAUUAAUAAUAUGUGGCCCAGGCAACAAUGGAGGAGAUGGCUUAGUAGCUGCACGACAUAUGACUUUAUUUGGCUAUUCAGUAUCAGUUUACUACCCUAAACGCACACCAAAACCACUGUAUGAGAACCUUCUAUGGCAAUGUGAGAAGUUUGGGGUCAAUAUUGUAGAUUCAUUGCCUCCACCAAACGAACUAAAGAACCAAUAUAAAGUUCUUGUUGAUGCCCUAUUUGGAUUUAGUUUCAAACCACCUGUGCGGGAAGCAUUGAAGCCAGCUUUGGAUGCAUUAAUUUAUUCUGGAUUGCCAGUUUGUAGUGUAGACAUUCCAAGUGGUUGGGAUGUAGAAAAAGGCCCAGACUCAAACCAUGCAUUACAACCUGCUCUGCUGAUUUCUCUAUCAGCUCCUAAACUAUGUGCAAAAAAGGAAUUUAUUCAAGAUGCUAAACAUUAUCUUGGGGGACGAUUUCUUCCUCCUGGUAUCUUGCAGAAAUACAAUUUGACUCUACCACCAUACCCUAGUCAGGAUCAGAUUGUAGAAUUGUAACAAAAAAAUAAAAUAAUAAAAUAAUUAGAGAUGCACCGAAUAUUCGGUUCCUAUCCGGUAUCCGGCUUAUCCGGCCCUUUUUUACUAUCCGGCCGGAUACCGGAUGGUAAUGUACUAUCAGGCCGGAUACCGGAUAGUAAAAUUGGUAGAUUUUAUAAAUAGAAUCGAAAUAAAGACAGUUGUAAUUGAA